CCACAAAAUGGGGUGGUGGUGGUGGUGAUGUAUAAACAGUAAUAGGAUUUGUUUAGGAGGCAGAAACUGGAGAGAACUGGUGGUCAGUGGUCUGUCCCUCCGUGUGGCUCUCGACACAGCUGCUUGGGACGGGUUGUUGGAUGAGACUAAGUUGCUGGGGGACAAGGCAUCAAUCUGUUGCUGCUGCGUUGUUCACAAUUGUUGCACCCAUCGGUUGAGUGAACCAUCGUCUCCGAAGCAAGUGAGGCGUUUCGCGAAGGUCUAGCGGAGUACGCCAUGGAGCGGCGCGGUUCCGCCCGUGCAGUGGUCACUCGCCUCCUGCGCAGGAAGCCCUUGGAGCAACCGGUGAGAAAGGACGACUCCAGCCUCGCGCGCUGUCUCUCCACCUUCGACCUGGUGGCGCUGGGCGUGGGCAGCACGCUGGGCGCCGGCGCGUACGUGCUGGCCGGCGCGGUAGCGCGCCAGGACGCCGGCCCCUCCAUCGUGCUCUCCUUCCUGGUGGCGGCGCUGGCGUCGGUGCUGGCCGGCCUGUGCUACGCCGAGUUCGGGGCGCGCGUGCCGCGCACGGGGUCCGCCUACCUCUACAGCUACGUGACCGUCGGGGAGCUGCUGGCCUUCAUCACGGGCUGGAACCUCAUCCUGUCGUACGUGAUCGGCACGUCGAGCGUCGCGCGAGCCUGGAGCGCCAACUUCAACGACCUCAUCGGGGGGCACAUCAGCGCCUUCUUCGGCCAGCACAUGGUGAUGGACGCCCCGGGUCUGGCUCGCUACCCCGACGUCUUUGCCGCCUUCAUCAUCAUGCUGCUCGCCGGGCUGCUCUCGUUCGGCGUGAAGGAGUCGGCCAUCAUCAACAAGGUGUUCACCUGCAUCAACGCCCUGGUGCUCACCUUCGUCAUUAUCGCCGGCUUCAUCAAGGGCGACACCAGUUACUGGCAGCUCUCGCCAGACGACGUGGCCAACCUCACACAGGCAAUGAAUAUCCCUGCAGGAUUGAACGCUUCGAGUAGCUUUGGAGUGGGCGGCUUCAUGCCGUACGGCGUGACAGGCAUGCUGUCGGGAGCAGCUACCUGCUUCUAUGCCUUUGUGGGAUUCGACUGCAUCGCAACCACUGGCGAGGAGGUGCGCAAUCCUCAGCGCGCCAUCCCUUUUGGCAUCGUGGCGUCGCUGCUGCUCUGCUUCUUGGCGUACUUUGGCGUGUCGGCCGCCCUCACGCUGCUCAUGCCCUACUGCCUGUUGGAUCCCAACAACCCGCUGCCCGUCGCUUUUCAGUUUGUGGGCUGGGGACCUGCACGCUAUGCCGUGGCAGCUGGCGCACUCUGCGCCCUCUCCGCCAGCAUGUUGGGCAGCAUGUUUCCCCUCCCCCGGAUUAUGUACGCGAUGGCACGGGACGGGCUGCUUUUCCGCUACCUGGCACGAGUCAGUGAGCGGCGGACGCCUGUUGCCGCAACACUCUCCGCCGGAUGCCUCGCCGCGGUCAUGGCCCUGCUCUUUGACCUCAAGGAUCUGGUAGACAUGAUGUCCAUCGGCACUCUGCUCGCCUACUCGCUGGUGGCCGCCUGCGUGCUCAUCCUGCGGUAUCGGCCUGACAGCCAGUGCAGGGAGGUGAUCGUGGAGAGCGUGAGUGGCGAGCAGGCCAUGAGCAAGUCGGACACGUUGAUGGGGCACAACUGCUCGCAGCUGCUGUUCCUCGCGACGUCUAUGGCGCACGGGCAGGCUGCCGGCACACCGGACCCCGUCCCGCCGCGGAUUGGCUGCCGGGACUUGUUGUUCCCACGUUCACGCGUGCCUACCCAGCGCACCGCUCUCGUUGUCAACGGCUGCGUCGGGCUGAUCGCGGUGCUGGCAUGUGUAUUUAGCGGGGUGGCAGUGCGCGAGAUGACCACCGUGCUGCACAAACCGUGGGUCGUGGCUUCGCUCUCCCUGCUGCUCCUCGCCAUUGGCGCCGCCACGCUGCUCAUCCACGCACAGCCACAGAGCAGGGCGCGCGUCGAGUUCAUGGUGCCCUGCCUGCCAGUCCUGCCUGUGCUGAGCGUCUUUGUCAACAUCUACCUCAUGCUGCAGCUGAGUGGCGGCACCUGGGUUCGAUUCUCCGUGUGGAUGCUCAUAGGGUUCCUUAUCUACUUCAGCUACGGCAUCCGCCACAGCGUAGAGGGGAAAGCCGCCGGUGAGCUGUCCACCGGCAGGGGAGGCUCCGCCGUGGUGCAGAAACCUCGCUCCUCCUUUCCCUCGACGCCGGUCCUCGCCAGGAGCUUCCGCUCAGCGGCCGGGCGCAGCCGGCGCCCGCGGCGACGGCGGUUCGGAGACACGCGCCUAGCGCCUACGGCUUGGGCACCGCCGGCUGCUCCUCUGCUACGUCGUCCCGUUAUUGUAAUGAUGCUUUAUAUGAGAUCAGCUUCACUGAAUGCGUUUGUGCCGCGCCUUCUGUGCGGUACAUCUCGAGGUGCACCCCACAGCAGGGGGACCCCCCCCCCCCCCCCCCCCCCCCCCCCCCCACCGCUGGCAGCUGUCCCUGUGAGAACCAAGGUGGAUGCAACAGCCGGCCAAGAGAAGUGAUUGUUGCUUUGUGUUUUUGAGCCAAUUGAGUGAUUUGGCAAAUUUGAAAACAGUGAUGCCGGCACACAGGGCCAACUCUUUUUCGAAUUAUGUUGUGAAAUCUUUAAUUUCCACUGAAGCAGACGACGCGUUUUUUGUUGUUAAUAUGCGCCUAGUAUUAACCAGGGCAGCCACUGGGCUUGAUCCACGAACCUCGGCAAUGAGCGGCAAAUGCGCAAACGCCCAUUGGGCUGUAAAAAUAAAUCUGUAAUUGGAGACAUUUCCUGUUUAAAUAAUUUUAUAUGUAAUGUACAAUUAUACAUUAUACAUGAAAUGUUCUUAAAUUUUUUUGGCAAUACAUAGCAGAUUUUGAAUAAUCGCUGUGGCAGUGAUUAUUUGUUAUUUGGCAAAAUGUCAACAUUAAAAGCAACUGCUGUCUCGACUGCACGACACAAUGUGUUUUCUGAUCGAAACGCAUGUUGUUCAGCACGAUGUUUGACGUUCCGAUCCACGCGCUGGAGCCUUCUUUAGGAAAUGAAUUUGAAAAAUCUCCCAGCAUGAGGGGUGAAAGUUCAGACAUCAUACGCGGUACGGCGCAACCAAAAAAACAUGCACAGUGACGUCCUUUAUUCUCUGUACACGCUUGAGGAGUAAUGCUCUUCACCUGAUGCUGCUGCCUGCCACUCGACUUGCUGGGAUGUGGAUACGGUACUACAAACCCAGCCCUGUUUAAUACGAUAGGCUUUCAUGACCAAUAUCCAUAAUAAAGGUUUUGUUGGGUUAAAGCGCAUAAAUAUAAAUGUGUCGUUAAACCCGCCAAUUAGUAAGGUUUGUCAUGUAAAUCACCAGCGAAACGUCGUAUUCAAAUUGUAUAUUAUCGUUGGUUUACUCUCCAACACAACGAUCUGCUGAACUAGCAACUAAUUGGCAGAUUUAUUUUACGUAACAAACCUUACUAAUUGGCUUUGUCUGAUGGUGGCGGGUUUAAAAGCACAUUCAUAUUUACGUGAUAUAACCCCCCCCAAAAACUAUUAUAAACCCACCCCUGCCCCUUCAUUGAUGCUCAUCAGAGAGUUUAAUAUGUAUACUUAAAGAAAGCUCAGAAUUGCAUGAAAAGUUUCGAUUUAAAGCUUUCGUGACUGCAGGGAUUCAUCUUCUUGGUUAUUUCGGUAAAGUCACGUAGAAUGGAAACAAAGUAAUACAAA